CAGCAGGAGUUUGCAGAGAGGUAACUCCCUUUGGCUUGGAGCGGGCGAGCUAGUUGCAAGUUGCAAAGACAGCUCUGGGAUCCGGGCGACCUGGGGAGCAGCUCCAGCACUGCAGUCAGGGCCUGCCGGUUGGGCGGCACACGAAGUGGUAGUGUUGGUGCUCCUGGUUACCAGACACCACCUCCCCCCCUCCCCCCCACUUUUCCUGCCCUUUCACUCGCAGAUCUCAGGACCAGAGAUCAAAAGAUGAAAAGGUAGUCAGGACUUCAGUAGGAUAAAGCCCAAUUAAACAACCAACCAAACAAACAAACAAACAAACAAAAGGCCUGCAGAAGAAAAACAAAACAACAGACAGUUCUUAUUUGCACCUGCUUCAGUGGACACGGACUUUGGAAGAAGGACUGUACUGUUUCUUUUUCCUUCCCCCUCAAGAUUUGAGCAUCUUUCGAAUCUACCCUCCAAAUACCAGGGACAGAUUGUGAACCUAGCAGGGACGAUUGUGUCCAGCGUGUGUUUUCCUCUGCACAAGACUUUGAGGCUGUUAAAACAAUUUUUCGUGGUUGUUCCUGCAAGUUUCCUUCCCAGAAGCUUCCAGCAGGUGGGCAGCUAGCUACAGCAGCUACCGCAUUACAGCCUGUUGAACUCUUAGAAGCAAGAAAAGGGGAAGCCAGGUAAGGAAACUAGGCAGAAGAUUCAACCAAACGCAAAGAUGGAGGUGCAGUUAGGGCUGGGGAGGGUCUACCCUCGGCCACCGUCCAAGACUUAUCGAGGAGCUUUCCAGAACCUGUUCCAGAGCGUGCGUGAAGUGAUCCAGAAUCCGGGCCCCAGACAAUCUGAGGCUGCAAGCACAGCACCUCCUGGCACCCGUUUGAAGCAGCAGCAGCAGCAGCAGCAGCAGCAGCAGCAGCAGCAGCAGCAGCAGCGUGGUGAGGAUGGCUCUCCCCAAUCCCAGAGCAGAGGCCCCACAGGCUACCUGGCCCUGGACGAGGGGCAGCAGCCUUCAAAACACUCAGCCUCUGAGAGCCUUCAUGAGAGCGGCAACGUCCCAGAGCCUAGAGCUGCCGCGGCCACUGGCCAGGGGCUGCCGCAGCAGCCACCAGCACCACCGGUGGAGGAUGACUCAGCUGCCCCAUCCACGUUGUCCCUGCUGGGCCCCACUUUCCCGGGCUUAAGCAGCUGCCCUGCCGAUCUUAAAGACAUCCUGAGUGAAGCCGGAACCAUGCAACUCCUUCAACAGCAGCAGCAGGCGGUAUCUGAAAGCAGCAGCAGCGGGAGAGUAAGGGAGGUCUCUGGGGCUCCCACCUCCUCUAAGGACAGUUAUCUAGGGGCCACUUCUACCAUCUCAGACAGUGCCAAGGAGUUGUGUAAGGCGGUGUCAGUGUCCAUGGGCUUGGGGGUGGAGGCUCUGGAACAUCUGAGUCCUGGUGAAAACCUUCGGGGGGAUUGCAUGUACGCCCCACUCCUGGGAGGUCCACUUGGUGCACGUCCCACUCCUUGUGCCCAGCUGGCUGAAUGCAAAGGUUCUCUACUGGAUGAUGGCCCAGGCAAGAGUACAGAAGAGAUUGCAGAGUAUUCUCCUUUCAAGGGAGGCUAUACCAAAGGUCUGGAUAGCGAGAGCCUAGGCUGCUCUAGCAGCGGGGAAGCAGGGGGCUCCGGGACACUUGAUCUGCCGUCCACCCUGUCACUCUACAAGUCAGGAACACUGGACGAAGUAGCAACGUACCAAAGCCGCGAUUAUUACAACUUUCCACUGGCCCUGGCUGGCCCGUCGCCGCUUCCACCACCUCACCAUUCCCAUGCCCGCAUCAAGCUGGAGAACCCCCUGGACUAUGGCAACACCUGGGCGUCCUCAGCCGCACAGUGCCGCUAUGGAGAUUUGGGAAGCCUACAUGGUGGGGCUGCUGCAGGCUCUGGAUCCGGUUCGCCCUCUGCAGCAGCAUCCUCUUCCUGGCACACUCUAUUCACAGCCGAAGAAGGCCAAUUGUAUGGGCCCUGUGGUGGCAGCGGUGGAGGCAGUGGAGCAGGCGUUGAGGCAGGGACCAUAGCCCCCUAUGGUUACACUCGGCCACCUCAGGGGCUGACUGGCCAGGAAAGUGACUUUCCUCAGCCUGAUGUGUGGUAUCCGGCUGGCGUUGUGAGCAGAGUGCCGUAUCCCAGCUCCAGUUGUGUCAAAAGUGAGAUGGGCCCCUGGAUGGAAAGCUACUCCGGACCUUAUGGGGACAUGCGUUUGGAAACUGCCAGAGACCAUGUUCUGCCCAUCGACUAUUACUUUCCACCCCAGAAGACCUGUCUGAUCUGUGGAGACGAAGCUUCUGGCUGUCACUAUGGAGCACUCACUUGUGGAAGCUGCAAAGUCUUCUUUAAGAGAGCCGCUGAAGGGAAGCAGAAGUACCUGUGUGCCAGCAGAAAUGAUUGCACCAUCGAUAAAUUCCGAAGGAAAAAUUGUCCAUCUUGUCGCCUCCGGAAAUGUUAUGAAGCAGGGAUGACUCUGGGAGCCCGGAAGCUGAAGAAACUUGGUAACCUGAAACUACAAGAAGAAGGGGAGGGUUCCAGUGCCACCAGCCCCGCUGAGGAGCCAGCUCAAAAGCUUACAGUGUCACACAUCGAAGGCUAUGAGUGCCAGCCCAUAUUUCUGAAUGUUUUGGAAGCCAUUGAACCAGGUGUGGUGUGUGCUGGACAUGACAACAACCAACCUGACUCCUUUGCAGCCCUGCUCUCUAGUCUCAAUGAAUUGGGCGAGAGACAGCUUGUACAUGUCGUCAAGUGGGCCAAAGCAUUACCUGGAUUCCGCAACUUGCAUGUGGAUGACCAGAUGGCAGUCAUUCAGUAUUCCUGGAUGGGGCUCAUGGUGUUUGCCAUGGGGUGGAGGUCCUUCACCAACGUCAACUCCAGGAUGCUCUACUUUGCACCUGACCUCGUUUUCAAUGAGUACCGAAUGCACAAGUCUCGGAUGUAUAGCCAGUGUGUCCGAAUGAGGCAUCUCUCUCAAGAGUUUGGAUGGCUCCAGAUUACCCCCCAGGAAUUCCUGUGCAUGAAAGCAUUACUGCUGUUCAGCAUUAUUCCUGUGGAUGGGCUGAAAAAUCAAAAAUUCUUUGAUGAACUUCGAAUGAACUACAUCAAGGAACUCGAUCGUAUCAUUGCAUGCAAGAGAAAAAACCCCACAUCCUGCUCAAGGCGUUUCUACCAGCUCACCAAACUCCUGGAUUCUGUGCAGCCUAUUGCACGAGAGCUGCAUCAGUUCACUUUUGACCUGCUAAUCAAAUCCCACAUGGUGAGCGUGGACUUCCCGGAAAUGAUGGCAGAAAUCAUCUCUGUGCAAGUGCCCAAGAUUCUUUCUGGGAAAGUCAAGCCCAUCUAUUUCCAUACACAGUGAAGCUCUGAAAGCCCCCAUUUCUACAUCUACCCCGUCCCCUUUUCAGAUGUAUUAAGCCUGUUAUUACUCUGCACUACUUAUCUGCAGUGCCUUGGGGGAUUUCCUCUAUUGAUGCAUAUAGUCUGCUAUGAAGAUACUCCUGAGUUCUAUUCCCUGAGUUUUUUACCCCAUUUCCUCCUUUCUUUUUCCUCUUUUCUUCCUAUCUGACCCCAUUAUGAUAUCUUCAGACUCUGUUCCCUGCCAUGGCUCCUACUUGUAUUUUGAAUGGUGUUGUAUUUCUCCAAAUCUCUGAUGAUACUCCCGUAGCCCAGUGUCAAGUUGUGCUUGUUUACAGCACUGUACUUGUGUGCCAGCCACACAUAUGUUUACUUGCCUAAUGCCACGAGAAAUUUAGAGAGCUUCAAGUGUUUUGAAAAAGCAAAACAAAACAAAAACCAGUUUUAGAUGUUACUAUAGUUUUUUGUUCUUAUAUAAAAACAAACACAUUAACAGAACCUUCAAAGAGGCCAACAAUAAUGAACAGACAUGAAAAAUGCCGACCUAUGGGGAGUCACUGCUAUUUUUCCUUCAGUCCUUCCUUCCUUGGGAAAAAUUUCUUCCUGCAAACAACUUCUGUCAUUAUAGGGUAAAAUGACCCUAAAUAUAAGUAGGGGAAGGAAGGAGGCAGAAACUAGAGAGAACAAGGAAAGCAGAUUGUCUGGGGCACUGGUGUCUAGACUGCUCAAGUGCAGUACCCUUCAUUAUACUGAAAAUGUGCUACUUGUGUGCAUGUGGGCAUCUCCCCCCACAGAUCAAUUUUCUCUCUUACCCUCUGCCAUCAUCCUCAAAUCAGCUUUCAAUAGCUUCCAAGAGCUUUGAACUGAAUGUUCUCUUUAGCCAAAACUUGAUCAUUUCCCUUGAAGAAUCAGACCAUCAAAAAAGAGGAGAGGAGAGAAGGUCCUAUUUGGACCCAGGUCUGUUUUCUUAUGUAUCAACAAGGGAAGAGCUUGGGGCUAAAAUCAGAAUAUUCUUGGCUUUUCUCUUACUUGGUACACGGAAUAUUUGAUCCUUUAUUGCCACCGUCUUUUUCCUCCUUAAAGGACCUGAAUGAAGUUUUCUCCUGGUUGCAUUCAGCCACAAGCUCCGACCAUUUUCCCCUCAGUGUUUCGUGGCCUGAAUUGAACCAGAUUUGGGCAUAUCAACUGUCAGAUUUUUGCAAAGACGGUAUCAAAGGAAUUGGACAAGCUAGGCAAAUUGCCAUUGUCCCCAGAAAUUAUACCUUCCCAUCAAGUGGAGAAAUGCUCACUUCCUCCAUCAGAAUGGCUAAAUCCAUACCAGGAUUGAAGAGAAAACUUAAUUAUCAAGUACGGAGAAUGAAGGCACUGAGACAAAAAACCCUGUAAAUAUUCUCCUUGCCAUCCAGCACAUCUAUCUGUAAAGGUCAUGUGAAGAUGGAAGAAGAAACCAAAAAGAGGCUGUAACUAAUAAGUUAAAGUCUUCAGAGUAAAAUCCUAAAGCCAGAUGGGUAACAUCUGGUGAAUUCGCUCAUCCUCCUCUAUUACUGAUUUGGGACUCUGGCAUUAACUAUACUCGCUCAGACUCCCAGUUGUUGAUGCCUCUCAGUCAGAGAGACUGAAACAUUGAGAUGUUCUAUACCAUGGUGUCCUUUUGAAAGGUCUGGCUGACAUGGCUCUAUUAAGAUGACACCCAUGGACUUAGGGUGUGCUCGUGGGACACUGAGAACCUUUAAACCCCUCUGUAUUACUGACUUUGUCUCCUAUUCCACCUAAGGACAGGUGGAAUACCCACUUACUUUCUUAUCCUGGCCAUUGCCUCCUCACUGAGCUCUUAACUUCAUCUGUUAAACUUUUAAAAAUCAGUGGCCAGUCAUCAAGCUGCCAAUUUCAGUUGAUUUACUCUAUUUUUUUGAGAAGAUAGUUUCUGAGUGACAUUAUCCACAUGGGUUUCCUACGCUGAUUUCUGUGUUGAUAUUAAUAGCCAAAUGGACUUACAAAACAGCUCUUUAAAUAACAAGGGAGGGGGAACCUAAGAUGGAUGAUAUUCUAAUCCAAGACUGCUGGACAUCGCUUCUCAGCCUUUUGGCUAAGAUCAAGUGAAGACUGCUGAACAAAAAUAAAGUUAAUAGAUUCCCUUUCGAGGGUAGGAUAGACAAAUUCUUGUUUGCUUGGUUAUAAUACCAUCUGGAUUAUAUAAGCUCACAGGAUUACUUUUAGUUGUUUUAACAGAAAAAAAAAUAUUUAAACUUCAAUUACAUUUUAAUAGUUCCUUUACAUCUGUUUCGAAAUUAUUUUUUGUCCUUUAUGGAACAUAGAUUCAAGUAUAUCAUUCUGAUACUUCUUGUAAAUACUAGAAGCACUCCUUUCUAUUUCUCUAUCAAUUUUUUGUCUUUAUGGAUUUACCAAUCAUUAGUCUUCUCUUUAUAAAUAUACGUGUUUAUCAUUUGCAAAAGCCAAAAACCAGUGAGACAGCAGUGUAAUUAAAAGCAGCAACAACUGGAUUACUCCACAUUUCCAAAUGGCAAGACCAGUUUAAAAAAAAAAAAGCCUAAACAAGAUAACUGUUUCUGCACUGAGAUUUCAGUGAACAAAGGAGAUUUCAGCUUGCCAUUAUUCUCCUUUGGAUAAAGGAAAAGAGGUUUUUGUUUUAUUAUGCUUAGGUCAUUGAUAUUCUAGCUGAUGUGAUUGUCUUCUAGACAGAAUUCUCAUUUUGCAUGCACUUGACUUUACAAACAGACAUGAUAUGGUUGGAACCUGUGCUCACUCAUUAGAAACCAGCCACCCAAACUCUCUCAAUGUACCUGUUGGGCUGGAAGAUGAGGAUCACUCACAGGGACCAUCUCCAAAGAGAUUUGCAAUGCUGGAUGAGGAAGGAGAAUGAGGAAGACAAAAAGACGCACCAGUGAGAAGGUCCUAACUGUACGAGGCAGCAGACAGCUGUCAGUGUCACAAACUCUGUGGCAGUUUCAACUCUUGUUCAUUGAGCAGCUGGCCCAAGUCUGACCUCUGAGCUGAAAUGGGGGUUGGAUUCUUUGCUCCAUAAUUUUUCUGUGCCACAGAAAGUCUCCUUGUUCUUUGGAGAGUUUACUAUUUUUAAAUUACCUUAACCUUAGAAAAAUUUUUGAAGGAUUCUGUCAUAUAGCUUUGAAAAAAGAAAAUCAGUUUUGCAUAUAUUUUUAUGUAUAUUUACUGGCACUUAAAUAAUAAAGAACUUCACUCUGUCUUUUGGGUAGAUACAGGGGUAAUUGUCUGAGAAAUGUGCUGAUUUUAAAACCCCUCUCGGUUCAUACUUUGCUUCUAAGUGCAUAUAUGCAUAUAUAACAAGAUGUAUUCUACUUGUACUUUAAGAGAAAUAAGUCCAAUAUCUACAUGAUAUGGAUAUUACACAAAUGUUUAACUAAGCUUCAGGUAGUUUUCAAGUGAUUGCUUCAUUGGACACUGCACAGACGUGGCCUUGUCCCCUUCUCUUUCUUAAAAUUCAGCAGCGGCCAAAGCCACCCCACUCCCCAUUUUCAGCCCUGUGCCAGCAGUGUACUUCAUAAGACUCUCCAGUCAGCCCAGUAAAUAUUCCUGCAUCGCCCAGAAAAACAAAAGGCUGACUACUAAUUAUCUUGUGCCAGUUGCCCAGGUAAGAGGACACUGGUUCAAGGGAGUAACUUUCAUCCUUGACUUGCUAUAGGAGGGUCAGUGGAACCUAGACUGCUAAAGCACAGGAUCAAAUCUCAAACUUUAGGCCAAAACAUCCAUUUAGCGUGUGCAAUUUCUUGUAAAAGGAUGUUUCUCCCCCUGCUGCCUUUUAUAGGCAGGUCUGUUCUCACCACUAAUCUCUUUGAAAAUCUUUGAGAGCAGUUUUUAAAAAAGAAGAAGAAGGCAUUAUAUUAUGUAACCAAAGAUUAUACUUUAUCUGCUAAGAUACUAAAAAUUUUAAGGGCAGGAAGAGUGCAAGCAUUAGUACCUCCUUAGUAAGCUAUCCAAAGACAGACUAAAGAUCUUUGGUAGUGACUAACUUACUAGGUUUUUGUGGGGCUUUUCUUCCACAAUUAGACAUGUUGAAGAUAUUUUAGAGGGAAAUGGGAUCAUGGGUCCUUCACCAAGUGAUUUUACAAACAUAAGUAGUUUUCCUUUUCUGUAGUAGUUACUGAACAAAUUCCUGAAGCUCCAUUAUUGCAUGGUUGGAAAUAGAACUGGUCUUGGUCACUGUGUUUGCUAGUACCCGUGCUAGCUUAACUGAAGAUGUGAAGUCCUUGCUGAGAAGGGGAGUGUUUAAAGGACUAGAUUUUGCACUAGAGGGACAGCAAGCAGAAAUCCUCAUUUCUGCCCACUUUGAACGGCACAAGUUUUUUUCUGCAAUUUAAAGCAGAAGGUUGAAAUAUAUUGUAAAUGAGGAUUUGUAUCCAUGUUUUAAAAUUGAAUUAUAUAUAUAUAUAUAUAAUGUGUUCUGAUAACUUUACCUUUCUCUGUACCAUUAUAUUUGUUUCCAGGUCAUAACUGAUCCCAUGUACUUAUGAGAGAGUCUGAAAUUACAUUUUGGAAACUCUCUCAGAAUGGACAAGACACCUGGGUAGAUUAGAUAACUAGGAGAUCUCUGUCCCUAUCGGGGCCUGACCCUCAGGCCUUAUAAAGGGACAGAGAGAUUAAAAGGGUAAGGUACAUGCUGUAUUGCACUUUACUAGCCAAGACAGAUGAAUGUAGAAAGGAUGGUGGAGACUCAUUGGAAGUGACUGGGUUUUACCAUUGGAAAGGCCCAGAUCAGGGAGUGGGGAGGAUAGAAGUCAAAAGGCCACCCAAAUGAUUGGUCAGUGGUACCUUAAUGGGCCUCACUGGUUGAGAGAGGGAAGGGUGUUCCUCAGUCUUCACCAUCCUUUUAAGAAAAAGACAAUUUCCUGCACUUGUGAAUCUGGAGAAAGUGUUCCAUCUUGUAUACAAUUAAAUCACAUGCUUUUGAGGUGCUCUUGUUACUGGGUGUCUGUGUGCUCUAAUUCUGGUUUGAGAUAUGUUUUGUAAAAAGAUUGACAAAUGAAAAUGUGUUUUUCUCUGUUAAAAUUUGUCAGCUUAUUAGAAGUUGCAUUUCUGCAGGUGCAGGUCUAUCUCUGCACCUUAAUUAAGAAUGUGACACUAGAGUCUGUUGCCCAGAGCCUCCCAACCCUCAACCAUUUCUAGGUGAAAGCAGAAAAAUACACUUUAGUCAUUUCCUUUCAAAUAAGAAAAGCAACCUUUGACUCAGCUUUGAUUCCUAUUUUAUUUGGUUAGGAAAUAGGUUAUUUGCAUUGAUUGGCUACCCUAAUUCAAUAUAGCAAGAAUGUUCAUUUAUUUUCUUUUACUCCAUCUAUCUCCUAGCCCUUCAUGGAUUUAAAUGAGAAACUAAUAAGUGGCCCUUGGAUCCUGGAACAAUUCCCACAAAUACUAAGUUGUCACAUAGCUGCAUUGUCCACCAAAACAAACACACGUAUUCAUACACUAUAGGAAAGAAAUUCUUGAAAUAUUGCUGUGUCUUCAAUGGUGUCCUUGCUGACUGCUGUCUCAAGAUAUACCCUGUACUCUGCAAUUCAGACAAGACAGGGCUCUAGCCUCUCACAUUAGCCUACAUUGAUGUGUCUGAAGGGCUGUCCUAUUUCAUAAGCCACUUGGGCAGGGAGAGGAACCACUAUUGGGAUGACCCAAGGGAAAAAGAGUCCUCUCAUCACUCAGUGACACCAUUCUGCUUUCUCCUAGACUGGAACAGUGAUUAGGGAGUGCCUUAGACAUGGCAUUCUUGUGCUGUCCUUGACAUUAAUUUAGCAGCAGGAGGGAGCAGACUAUGUAACCAGGGAUAAGAAUUAAUUUCUGAUGUAGACAGGAAAAAAAACAGGAGCAAGUAAAAGAAAGAAAGCAUCAUAUGAAGAUUUUAAAAAAUGAAACAAAUUUAUUUUGCUGGAAACAUCCUUCAGUGGAACUUAAGUUCUCACAGCAACUCUGGCAUCCCUGGGCAGCAGGACCAGCCCCAAACACUAGUGUUCUCUUCUCUUGUUGUAUCUUGGAAUCUUUUAUUGCUCUAAAUACAAAAUUUUUAAUGGCAGAAACUUGUUUGUUAGAAUACAUGUGUGACUCUGGGUUUGUCUCUGCCUCUGCUCUCAGAAAUAUCAUACAUUGUGUAAAAUAUCGGCUUGCUGGCUUGCCAGCUAAAAGUUGGCCACGGUCUCUGUUGUGGCUGCAGGCUCAAGUUAUUGUUAACAAAGUGACCUGAGAAAAGCAGCUAAUGUCCUCUUAUCAUGAUUGUUAAUUUGUUAUAGCAUAAAACAAUCUAAAAUUUCAGAUGAAUUUCAUCAAAAUUCCUUUUAUUAGCUGUCUUUAUUGACAUCAAGAGUUGAUAUCAUGCCAAAUGGCCUUUUACACUAUUUUGUUUUUCAUAUACUUUUAAAAUCUUUGCACAACUGUUGUAAAUUUUCUCUGUAUUGUCUUUAACAUAGGUUGAAAUGGUAUCACCAAACGAUCAAAGCAUCUGGCUAAAAGAUAGAUGGACACAGACCUCUUAUCAUCAGAACCUCUUAUUAAAAAACCCUUAGUGUGUCAGCCAAGAGAACAUCACACAAGCCCCAGGUGUUCACCCUCACAUCCUCAUCCUUAUGAGAACAUAUAAUCAGGGUGUCAUUGCACAAUACUUGCCAAGCUUCAAAUAAAUUAUUGCUACAUGGUUAUCCAA